AAAAACAGUUUCCCAAAAAAAGUUUCCUAGUGUGGUUCUGGUUCACCUGGUUCACAAAAGUUUCCUAGUGUGAACCAGGUCUAACUAUCAGCCUUUUUUGACAGACACAUAGAAUAUGUGUAUUAUCUAUGCAUAAAAUGUGAGAACGUGUGGUAUGGUUCUCCACCUUAACAUGGAUUUUUUUUAAAUUAACUAUCAUGCUUAAUUUGAAAAGUUACUAAAAAAUAUAAAAGAAAAUUACUUUUUUUUUAAAUUUGUGUUAUUUUAGGAUUUCGUUUAAUCAUCCGCAGGUCCAUAUACCAUAAAAUAUUGCAAAUACUGACGUAAAACAUAUUGAACGUGUAGCAAACCCUUUGUAUUCAUCAACCCAUUUAAAUGCGUCGUGAUACAAAUUGAUCACACGUUCAAUAUACUAUGUAUAUUGAUCAAUUUGGAUGAUUAAACGAAUUCCGAGAAAAUCACAAAAUAAUACAAAUUUAGAAAAAAGUAAUUUUCUUUUAUAUUUUUUAAAAACUUUUUAAACAAUAUUUAAUAGCAUGUUUCUACAUAACGUACAUAGUUCUACACGAACGAGUAGUAUGCGAACGAGUACGUAAUGAAAUGAGUUUUUUUAAACCAUUCGUCCCUUUACGUUAAAAUUUAUGAGAUUGUCAAAUAUAAGUUUUCAUUUUGUUUAAUUUUUGGCAUAUAAAUAAAUUAUUAAAAAAUAAAAUAGUUUUACUUGUAUUUUGUUUUUGUUACAAUAACAAAAUACAAGUAAAAUUUUAACUCAAACUACUCGCUCGGUAUCUAGAAACAGCACAUAAAUAUGUUUGGAUCAAUUGCCAUAAGUCUGGAUAGCGAUUCAAGUGAAAGUGAUAACGAUGAUACACGGCUUUGUCGGAGGAAUAUACGAGAUGCCACAAAUGUUUUAGAUCUUCCAGAAGAACGAUUUAUUGCUAGCUUUCGAGUCAAUAAGGAAGUGUUUGUGAUGUUACUUGAAGAAAUAACGCCAAAUUUAAAAGUGGCAUAUCGAAAUACAGCACCUACCAAACUUGCAACAUUUUUAUUAUUUCUGGCUACGGGAGGUUAUCAAACAUCAAUUGGAAAUGAAUGUUUUUCGUCCAUAUCAAAAUCGCAAGUGUCCAAGGUAAUAACUGAAUUGUUAGAAAUAUUCGAAAGGUACUUGUGUUCAAAAUGGAUAAAACUAGAAGAUAACAAUGAUAGUGAAGUGAAAGAGUUUUUCUAUAAUUAUGGUGGAAUACCAGGGGUCGUGGGUUGUGUUGAUGUGACGAAUAAAGGCACCUGGAAACGAAAGAAAUCAUUUAUACUAUAA